GUAUAACGUGCGUCACCGCGCUCGCAGGUAUUUAAAUUGAUGACGUCAUUACACUCGGUCUGCAGAAUUCUUGGGACAUUGCAGCAGCAGCUGCAGGAAUGGGCACAGGAGUGCUCAAGGAGUUCAAGGUGAUUGGCAGGCGGGUACCGACACCCAAGCAGCCGAGGCCCCCUCUGUACCGUAUGCGAAUCUUCGCACCCAACCACGUGGUGGCCAAAUCCCGCUUUUGGUACUUUGCGUCCGUGCUGCGCAAGCUCAAGAAGUCGUCUGGAGAGAUGGUGUACUGUGGAACGGUCUCCGAGAAGUUCCCACAGAGGAUCAAGAACUUUGGCAUCUGGCUGCGUUACGAGUCCCGCAGCGGAACCCACAACAUGUACCGCGAGUACAGAGACCUCACCACCGCUGGCGCCGUCACCGCUUGCUACCGAGACAUGGGAGCCCGGCACCGUGCACGGGCCCACUCCAUCCAGAUCAUGAAGGUAGAGGUGAUCCCAGCCAGCAAGUGUCGGCGCCCGGGCAUCAAGCAGUUCCACAACUCUAAGAUUCGCUUCCCGCUGCCCCACCGCGUCCUGCGCAAGCAGCACAGCCCGCGGUUCUCAACGCGCCGGCCCAACACCUUCUACUGAGCCGCCCUCCUCCUGCAUGCUAACGGCACCGUUAAUGAACGCCACAUCAAACACGGCCUCGAGGUUAAUGUUACACCUAAUUUUAUUUGUGUUGUGGACUCCGGUCCACAUUUGAUUAAAAACAUUGUGACUACAACUCUUGCACUCCCUGUUUAGUCGAUUAUCUAUAACCUUUCCGACACUCGUAGCAUUGUGCAAUGCAUCCUUGUCGUUGCGUAAUAAAGUCUAUUUAAAUCA